AUGUCUUUUCUCCUCUUCCAAGAUGCUCACCCGGAGAGAGACCUCGGCCCUUCAAGUCCUUACGUCCUGCCCUCAGCAGCACUGGAGAGCAGCGGUCUGGGCACAGAGAGCCCCAAAGAGAGAGUGGCAAUGGCCCCUCCCAAUCCCACGGGGGAAGAACUUGGCGAGCUGGACUUGGAAGGGACAGUGCCCUCUGCGCAUCAUGACACCCCAGUCCUGUCACUGCUGCUUCCAGAGGAGGCCAGCACCAAGCAUACCUUGUCCCCAGGGAAGAAGCUGCCUUUGCUCAAGCAACUAAACUCAGCCAGGAAGCAGCUGAGGCCCAAGGCCACCUCCACAGCCACCGUCCUGAGAGCCGGGUCCCAGCCAGCGCCCUCAGGCCUGGGUCCCCUCUCAUCCCCCACAGAGAAGCCUCACCCAGCAGGAGACCUGGACCCUGUUGUUGCCUCCGAGGGGGCCUCAGAAGUGCCCCUCUGGACUGAACAGAAGGAAGGAGCUGACCCCACGACACCCGCACCCCUGCAAAUCUCUCCAUUCACCUCCCAGCCCUAUGUGGCCCACACCCUCCCCCAGGAGGCUCCCCCGGAGGAUGCCAGCUCCACAACCCUGAUGGACAAGGGUGAGAACGAGCUGACUGGGUCGGCCUCAGAGGAGAGCCAGGAGACCACUACGUCCACCAUCAUCACCACCACGGUCAUCACCACGGAGCAGGUCCCAGCUCUCUGCAGUGUGAGCUUCUCCGAUCCCGAGGGGUACAUUGACUCCAGUGAUUACCCACCGCUGCCCUUCAACAACUUCCUGGAGUGCACGUACAACGUGACCGUGUACACCGGCUACGGAGUGGAACUCCAGGUGAAGAGCGUGAACCUGUCCGAGGGGGAACUGCUCUCUAUUCGCGGGGUGGAUGGCCCCACCCUGACCGUCCUGGCUAACCAGACACUCCUGGUGGAGGGACAGGUAAUCCGAAGCCCCACCAACACCAUCUCUGUCUACUUCCGGACCUUCCAGGACGACGGCCUUGGGACCUUCCAGCUGCACUACCAGGCCUUCAUGCUGAGCUGCAACUUUCCCCGGCGGCCCAACUCCGGGGAUGUCACAGUGAUGGACCUACACUCGGGCGGCAUGGCCCACUUCCACUGCCACCUGGGCUACGAGCUCCAGGGCGCCAAGACGCUGACGUGCAUCAACGCCUCCAAGCCCCACUGGAGCAGCCCGGAGCCCAUCUGCUCAGCCCCGUGCGGAGGGGCAGUGCACAAUGCUACCAUUGGCCGCGUCCUCUCCCCCAGUUACCCUGGAAACUCCAAUGGGAGCCAGUUCUGCGUGUGGACCAUCGAAGCUCCGGAGGGACAGAAGCUGCAUCUCCACUUCGAGAGGCUGUCGCUGCAUGAGAAGGACAGGAUGAUGGUCCACAGUGGGAAGACCAACAAGUCCGCUCUUCUGUAUGACUCCCUUCAAACCGAGAGUGUCCCCUUCGAGGGCCUCCUGAGUGAAGGUAACACCAUCCGCAUUGAGUUCACGUCCAGCCAGGACCGGGCAGCAUCCACCUUCAACAUCCGAUUUGAGGCGUUCGAGAAAGGCCAUUGCUAUGAGCCUUACAUUCAAAAUGGGAACUUCACCACAUCGGACCCAACCUACAACAUUGGGACCACAGUGGAGUUUACCUGUGACCCUGGCCACUCCCUGGAGCAGGGCCCAGCCAUCAUAGAGUGCAUCAACGUGCGGGACCCAUACUGGAACGACACGGAGCCCCUGUGCAGAGCCAUGUGUGGUGGGGAGCUUUCUGCUGUGGCUGGGGUGGUGCUGUCCCCAAACUGGCCAGAGCCUUACGUGGAAGGUGAAGACUGUAUCUGGAAGAUCCACGUGGGCGAAGAAAAACGCAUCUUCUUAGAUAUCCAGUUCUUGAACCUGAGCAACAGUGACAUCUUAACCAUCUACGAUGGCGAUGAGGUCAUGCCCCACAUCUUGGGGCAGUACCUUGGGAACAGUGGCCCCCAGAAGUUGUACUCCUCCACGCCAGACCUAACCAUCCAGUUCCACUCGGACCCUGCUGGCCUCAUCUUCGGAAAGGGCCAGGGAUUCAUCAUGAACUACAUUGAGGUGUCAAGGAAUGACUCCUGCUCAGAUUUGCCGGAGAUCCAGAAUGGUUGGAAAACCACAUCUCACAUGGAGCUUGUGAGGGGAGCCAGAAUCACCUACCAGUGUGACCCCGGCUAUGACAUCGUGGGGAGUGACACCCUCACCUGCCAGUGGGACCUCAGCUGGAGCAGUGACCCCCCAUUCUGUGAGAAAAUCAUGUACUGCACCGACCCUGGAGAGGUGGACCACUCUACCCGCCUAAUCUCCGAUCCUGUGCUGCUGGUGGGGACCACCAUCCAGUACACCUGCAACCCUGGUUUUGUGCUUGAAGGGAGUUCUCUUCUAACCUGCUACAGCCGCGAAACGGGGACUCCCAUCUGGACGUCGCGCCUGCCCCACUGUGUUUCGGAGGAGUCCCUAGCAUGUGACAAUCCGGGAUUGCCUGAAAAUGGAUAUCAAAUCCUAUACAAGCGACUCUACCUGCCAGGAGAGUCCCUCACCUUCAUGUGCUAUGAAGGCUUCGAGCUCAUGGGUGAAGUAACCAUUCGAUGCAUCCUCGGACAACCAUCCCACUGGAAUGGCCCACUGCCUGUCUGUAAAGUUAAUCAAGACAGUUUUGAACAUGCUUUAGAAGUAGCAGAAGCGGCAGCAGAGACGUCGCUGGAAGGUGGAAACAUGGCCCUGGCUAUCUUCAUCCCGGUCCUCAUCAUCUCCUUACUCCUGGGAGGAGCCUACAUUUACAUCACAAGAUGUCGCUACUACUCCAGCCUCCGCCUGCCCCUGAUGUACUCCCACCCCUACAGCCAGAUCACUGUCGAAACCGAGUUUGAUAACCCCAUUUACGAGACAGGGGAAACCAGAGAGUAUGAGGUUUCCAUCUAA